AUGGAGACCAUCCCAUCCUCCCGCUCGUCCCCUCUCCCCAUCCCCUCAAGGCCCCUCGUUCAAGACUACCCGUCCCUCGUCUCCUCUCCCGACCGUCUCCCCGGCCUCCCCUCUCGCUCUCCCUUUUCCGAUCUCUCUCGCCCUGUCAUUCAUCGCACCCUUUCUACCUCUCUCGCCUCCGCCCGCCGCUCGGACACUGUCUCCCGCGUCCAAGAGCUCGCCUCCUCCUACGCCCGGCCCACCAUCCGUCCCCGUCCUGCCGACCGCGAAUGGUCUCUCUUCGCUCAGCUCCUCCCCGACACCCGCCCUCCCCCGGACAACUCUCGCUCUCUCGAAAGCUCUCACCACACUCUCCAGACUUCACCCUCCAUCCUCAAUGACGAUGCUCGCUCCUACUUCGACCCUCACCUCCCAUCCUCGUACGGCGUCCAUGAUCCUUUCGAGCACGAGCACCCAGUUCACCGGCAACACAUCUCCGUACCUACGUCCCCUCGACUCGACUCUCGAAACUCCUCCCGUUCUUGUACCCCUACCCCCUCCUCUGCCCUCUCUGCGCGCCCGUGGUAUUCGUGUUCCUUUCGCCUGCCAACCCUGACCGUGGUUCAACGCAACAUCCUCAAAUGCGCUCUUGCUUACUUCCUUGCCUCGCUCUUCACCUUCUCCCCUUACCUCUCCGGCUUCAUUGCAGACAUCACCGGAGAUGGUCCUGGUGAGCGAGUGCCCUCGCCAUCGGGCCACAUGGUAGCCACAAUUGCAGUAUACUUCAACCCCGCCAAGACUCUCGGUGCAAUGGUUGAAGCCGACGCGUACUGUCUCAUGGGCCUCGUCUUUGCAACCUUUCUCUCUCUCUCCAGCAUGAGUGUAUACUGGUUCUUCGAGCGGCAGCCCGGCUUCGAUUGGCUCGCCGACAUCCUUGUCCUCCUCAUGAUCGGUCUAGGCAUGUCCUUUGUCGCGUGGAUGAAGGUAUGGAUGGCCAAGCCCACCUUCAAUACAGCUUGCAGUAUGACGGUUAUCAUUCUCUUUGUCGUAAUCGUCAAAGAAGGUGGCCUCCAGACCCUCCUUCAAGUCUCCUUCAUUGUUAUUGUCGGCGCGGCGGUCUCUAACGUGGUGUGUCUUCUCAUCUGGCCUCAGCGCGCGACCAGAAGCCUCCAGAACAACAUGACCCAGACCCUCGACUCGUUCUCGACCCUCAUCACCAUGUUUACCGAAACCUUCCUCCUUGAGGAGUCACGAGGAUUCAGUCCGGAACGUGUUCAACGUGCGGUCGCCAACCAUCAAGCAUCGUUCACUUCUCUCAAGAAGAGCUUGACAGAGGCCCAGUCAGAACGUUUCUUCGGUGGUCCUGGAAAGCUCGGCGAAGAAGCUCAGCUCCGUGGUAGCUCCGGCCAGGCGUACGAGGACGCCAUUGGAAGCCUCAAUCGACUCGGACAACAUCUGAACGGUCUUCGAAGCGGGAUCACACUGCAACGAGAGCUCAUCAAAGGUCACCGAGAAGGCAAGCUCGUUCUCAAGAGCCUUAGCGCAGCGAACAAUGGCAAAGCGAACAAUGGCAAAGGAAAGACCACCGAUCAUGGUGUCGAAGCUGUCGUGAUGGAUGAAGAGGCUGCAUUGCUUCAGGCGGCUGCGACUGUCUUUGGGGAUUUGAUGGACGACCUGGGCCCGCCAAUGAAGGCUCUCUCCGUGGCUUGUGUGUCCACUCUGAAACGUCUCCGAGAAGCCUUUGCGCAACCUCGAGAGAGCGGCGAUCAUGUCUUCAUUCAGCCCACCGACUUCUUAGACAUCACCGACAGCAUUGAACGCGCUCUUUUCACAUUUGAGAGCACAUCUAAUCACGCGGUCCUCCGCAUGUAUCGUAACAGUAAUGUCUCUACAUCGGGUUCUCGGGCCUCCAACGCCUCGGCCAUGUCUGCGAAUGAGAUCCUCAUGGGCGACGAAAGUGAAACCGUCUUCCUGGCUUACUUCUUCAUCUUCACGCUGCAAGAAUACGCUCGGGAACUGAUAUCCUUGGUCGACGCCAUGGGCCGAAUUUGCAGUAUCGAGCGUGCUCGUGCGUCUCGCGGCGGUAUAUGGGGUCGCAUCAAGACCUUCUUCACCCGUAGUGACAGUAUGAAUACUCGAAGGAGGCACGCACGGCCCACCGGAGGCAAAGGGCCAGUAGACAUCCGGAAACGCUUGUCCCACUACUUCACGCAGCUCCGACCACAUAAAGCUGCCUCCUUCCCCAAGGUCACCCCGCACGCACCGAAUACCAUCCAAACGCCCAAUCGAGAAAAUCUUUCGUUAUCUGGACGUAUUGGUCAAUCCUUGUGGGCUCUGGGCGCACGAUUGCGGGAACAGGACAUGAAAUACGCGUUCAAAGCUGGUAUGGCCACCGCCUUGCUCGCCGCGCCGGCUUUCUUCGAGACCACCCGCCCUAUCUUUGUUGAGUAUCGAGGAGAAUGGGCCCUGAUUUCCUUUUUCGUCGUCAUUUCACCUACUAUAGGCGCGACCAACUUCCUCGGUGUCCACAGAGUCUUGGGAACAAUAUUGGGUGCCGCAACGGCGUUUGUGAUUUGGACCCUGUUCCCUGAGAACCCUUGGGUCUUAUCCAUCUUCGGUUUCUUCUACUCGUUCCCUUGUUUUUACUUCAUUGUAGCCAAGCCUCAAUACGCGACUUCAUCCCGCUUCGUCUUGCUCACGUACAAUUUGACAUGUCUCUACUGCUACAACAUCCGCCAAAGGGACGUCGCUGUCUUUGAUAUCGCUUAUCACCGUGCCGUUGCUGUUAUAGCUGGUGUGGUGUGGGCUGGCAUCGUUUCACGCUUCUGGUGGCCAGCCGAGGCUAGACGCGAGCUCAGUCGACGGCUUGGAGAAUUCUGUUUGAACAUCGGAUGGCUGUACACGCGCCUCGUCGCAUUCAACUCAUUCUCAGACGAAGAAUUCCUGUUGCACGUCGUCAACGAUGACGACUCUGCGAGUGAGGAGCUCCCGCUCUUGCACGUGAAUCCUAUCAUGUCGCAGUCAAUCCAGAAUUUCAUGUCCAUGGAGCUUCACUUGCAAAUCAAGCUGAUCGAGCUCCAAGGCCUGCUCUCGCAGACCCAGCACGAGCCUCGUCUCAAGGGUCCCUUCCCGGUCGGACUCUACCGGAACAUACUCACGAGUUUGCAAGCAAUCUUAGACCGGCUUCAUAGCAUGCGCUGUGUGACAUCACGAGAAGAAUGGUCAGUCUCAUCUAGUCUCAUCAUCGCAUCGAUCGAUAUUGAUCCCUCAUUGCUUAGGCACACCACUGUGCAGCGUGACUUCAUCAUACCCGUGAACCGGGAACGAAGGGAGAUGGUCGGGAGCGUCAUCCUCUACUUCUCCACUCUUGCGGCGGCCUUCCGUCUCAAAUCGCCCCUCCCUCCGUAUCUUCCACCUGCAGAAGAGGCCAGGUCUCGUUUGGUUGAUGCCAUCCGGAAGCUCGAUGUCGUCCGCAACCGCGACGUCAAAGGAUCAAGGCAUCUGCUGUUCUUCGCAUAUGCACUGACGAUGAAAGGAGUCAUCCAGGAGCUUGAUUACCUCGGACGCACCUUACAGGACGCUUUCGGCGUGAUCGGGCAGUCUCGAGAGGCGUUCGAGGAACUGUUCGAAGCACCUCCAGAGUUAUCAUUCGACGCUGCAUAG